AUGACAACAAGCCAAGCUACGCCUCCAGCAACCGGCUCGAUCCUGCUGAAAGGCGGCACCCUACUGUUUCACAAUGAGCGAGAUGAUGUGACGCCUCUGAGGAAUACCGACAUACUUGUGCAAGGCAACCGUAUUGCCAAGAUUGGAAAAGCCAUUGCACCCCCAGCAGGAGCUCAGCUCGUUGACUGCAGCGGCAAGAUCAUUAGCCCAGGCUUUGUUGACACCCAUCAUCACCUAUGGCAGACCCAACUCAAAGGCUGCCACGCAGACCAAUCGAUCUUUGACUACAUCCCUUCAGGUUAUUGGCAAAGCCAUGUCUAUUCUCCUAAAGACAUGUUCUGGGGCCAGUUAGGUGGCGCACUAGAAGCAAUCGAUGCUGGAACAACUUUCGUACUUGAUCAUGCCCAUGGCAAUCAAACGAAUGACCAUGCUACCCAAGCGCUAUCAGCCACAAUCGCUUCAGGCAUUCGCUCAAUUUUCGCCUACUCCCAGGCCCCAUACUUCACAAAAUGGGACUCUAAAUCUUGCGAGCUAUCAAUGGACAUCAUGCCUGACUCGAGCAUGGCGCAUAUCUUUGAGCUCGCAAAAGCACAGCCCUAUGGAAAUGGGAGGGUUCAGAUCGGGUUCGGAUUUGACUAUUGGUUCCUCCCCAAAGAGGCUAUCGUAGGCAUUUUCAACGGACUUCGUCAUGCUGGCAUCAAGCUUUUUACCUCUCACUAUGCGAAAAACCCAACCUUCGCGAACCCCCUGAUCCACACUCUAGAUGCGUAUGGCCUCAUCAAGUCACCUAGUGACAUCCUGCUGUCGCACGCCACAGGCCUUGAUGCGAGCGAGAAAGCCAAACUGGCUGAAACCCAGGUUGCUGUGUCGAGCACUCCAGACACUGAAGCUCAGAUGGGCUUCGGCUGGCCACUUGCCUUCUCAUCAGGUAUUAACUACACGAUCGGUGUCGAUUGCCACACAAAUAACACAUCCUCAAUUCUGUCUCUCGCUCGAUCGGCCUUGCAGAUGGCGCGCCAACGUGAGGCACUUGCGGAGACAAAUGAGGACGGUGCUCCUCAAAAACUGAAUCUCCAGCCGGCGGGCAGCACCCAAGAUGCUUUCAACGCAGCGACCAUCAGAGGGGCGCGUGCGGUGCUUUUGGGGGACGAGAUUGGGUCCUUACAGGAGGGAAAAUUGGCCGACCUAGUCCUCUUCGAUGCAGCCGGGAGUGUGACAAUGAGUUGCGUUGCAGACUCGGAUCCUCUGACUGCGGUUGUCCGUCACAGCGAUAUUCGAGAUGUCGAGGCUGUUCUCAUAGAUGGAGUCUGGAGGAAGCAAGGAGGCAAAUUCUGCCCAGUGACCGUUGCAGAGACUGGAUCCACUUUGCAGUGGGCUGAAAUCAGGGAUAAGUUGCUUGAGAGCCAGCGGGAGAUUCAACAUCGACAGAAGAAUUUGAAUAUGGAAAAGGCGAAGGAGGCUCUUGUUGCCAUGUACCGGAUCAACACAAGCAACUUGAUCGAGAAGCCAAAAAGGACUUAG